AUGUCUCUAAAGCGUAUCACAAAGGAACUAAACGAUUUAGGAAGAGAUCCACCCACCUCCUGUUCUGCUGGGCCUGUGGGCGAUGACCUUUACCACUGGCAGGCAUCGAUUAUGGGGCCUCCGGACUCUCCGUACGCCGGCGGUGUUUUCUUUCUCUCCAUACAUUUCCCAACAGAUUAUCCGUUCAAACCUCCCAAGAUUUCUUUCACCACUAAGAUAUACCACCCUAAUAUCAACGCUAACGGGAACAUUUGUUUGGAUAUUCUAAAGGACCAGUGGUCUCCUGCUUUGACGAUCUCGAAGGUGUUAUUGUCGAUCUGUUCCCUUCUAACGGAUGCCAACCCAGAUGACCCAUUGGUCCCAGAAAUUGCUCACAUUUACAAGACCGAUAGAGCUAAGUACGAAGCUACUGCCAAGGAGUGGACCAAGAAAUACGCUGUCUAA